CCGAUUAACUAAUUCUUUCUGCCCCGCGUUGUUGAAAACUCAAUAAUUUGUGUUUAGCUGCUUAAUGCUUUGGUUUUUCUUGAAUUCGCGUUUCAUGGUGGUUCUGAGAAUUGUUGUGCUGUGUGUGGCGGAGCCACAUUGAGCAAGGGGAGGUGUAGUGGCCACCACAAACUUGUUGAAUUUUUUUCUAUUUCAAAAAAAAUGAAAACUAAUAUUUACGUGUUGUGGAUGGAUAAAUUUUGUCAAUCUCUCUUCUUCUGAAAGCUAAACCCCCCAACCACCAAAUAUACCACAAAGCCAAACCCUAAUAUUUCUAACUCUCUCUUGCCUGUUGACCAUUGUCCUGCCGUGUUGAUCAGCAUUGCAAUCUAAAUCUUCUACAUAAUCAGCAUUUAAAUUUUCUUGUUGAAGGUGUAUAAUCUAUUCAUUCUGCAUUCUCUUAAAAGAGUAAGAAGUAAAGAAAUGAGAGGAGGGAGGAAGAAUCUCAAGAGGGCAGUUGAGGAAGAGAUGGCGACUCUUCAACAGGGCCAAAGUAUAAUGCAAGUUGUGGAUCUCAGGGGCUCCAAUCUUAUUGAGGUGAUGGAUGCAAAAGGCCAGAAAUCACUAGCAAUUUUCCCAGCAAAAUUCCAGAAAAGCAUGUGGAUUAAACGAGGCUUGGCUUGGCUUGGCAAGAGUUGGCUCUUGUUCACUUUAGGGCGAGUUGAACAUGAGCAGGCUCGUUUCCAAAAAUGUUGGCUUGGGUCAUCCCACGAGCUCGCCUGUUGGUGGGGCAAGUUGAGCAGGCUCAUGAGCUGCUUGCUGGCCUUUUUCAAUUUUAUUUUUUAUUUUUUAUUUUUUUUUAUUGAAAUUUUUAUUUUUGUCUGGUAUGUAAUCCCAUUGCAAUGUGGCAGUGAACUUGAAAAAUUAUUUUGUUAAUGUGUUUAAUAAAAGAAAUUUAAAGUUGUAAAAACCAUUAUCCUUUAUCUAGGAUUGGGAUCGGCUAUGUGAUAUGGAAGUAGAGUUAAAAUUUUACAAGAGUCUAUUGUAAAUAAUUUUUUUAAAAAUUAUUUGAAUGAUUAAAAUUUAAUCAUAGAAUUAAAAUAAUAAAAUACCUUCUCCUUUAUCCAGAUUUGGGGCUGUCUAAAUUAUUUAUUCGUUGAACUUUUCAUCCCAAGUAAAACGGUCUCUUUAAGAUAGG